AGUGCUCCCUGUUGUGCUUAUUAUGAAGACAACAUGCUAGAGAUCGCACCUGCCCCAGGCUUUGCAUUGGCAGGUGGAAGCAAUUCUCUUUGUAUUUCUCUGGAGCCCACAGUAAGGUGCAGCUAGAUCAGCUCCCACAGUGCCAGAAAGGGAAUCUCAGCUGGAGCAAAUACUUUGCAAGACUCUUGCUUUUCCAUGAAACUUUCAGCUUCUUGGAUGCUAACUUUGGAGCUGCCUCUGCGUUACUACCUGACCACAGGAGAGGAGAAACCAGCUGGACCAGCCUGCCUGGGAGUUUCACUGUGAUUUUAAUAAUGAUUUUAUGGCUUUUCCCCAGAAAGGAUUAGACUUCCAGUUUGGGACCAGCUAUUAACAUUUCAUUUGCCUUUUUAAUCUGAAUUUGCAUUCAGCAAACCCUAUUGCGCAGAACAGGAGGGCUCUUUGCUCCUUGGUGGAUCUCAGCCUACUUUGGCUAAGUGUGCAGUUGUGGUGGAGCAGCUGGGUGGGAAGGUGGAGGUGGCUUGGCUGGGUUUUAGGGCUUGCACAGUCAUGAAUCUCUUGGCCACAUUCCUGUCCUGACACUAUCACAGGACCCCGAGGCUUGGAGGGAACAUGGAAUUCCAAGAGAACUGAAGAGGGUUUGACUUGGUCCUCCCAGUGAGUGCUGGGGGCAGCUGCUUGCCUGGUUGACUGAGGAGUGGUUUUACCUUGAGACCAGUUGUGAACUGCUAGUCAGACUGGACACAUCCCAGAGCCUCAAUCUCAGCAAACCCUCUGCAGCAGUUUCCAAUGCUAUAAAUAAGAAUUAGUACACACAAGGAGCAGGAUGAGAAUAUGGCAGUCCUCUUGUUACCACCGGGUCCUGACAGCUUCCGCCGGUUCACCCCCGAAUCCCUGGCUGCAAUUGAAAAGCGCAUCGCCGAGGAACAGGCCAGGUCGGCAAAACAGGAAAACAGAGCGGAGGAAAAUAAUGAAGGAGGGAAGCCAAGGCCGCACCCUGACCUGGAAGCAGGCAAACAGCUCCCCCGCAUCUACGGCGACUUUCCUAAACACCUCAUCGGGCAGCCCUUGGAGGACAUCGACCCAUUCUACAGAAACAAGAAGACCUUUAUAGUACUAAAUAAAGGAAAGACAAUCUUCAGAUUUAGUGCCACACCUGCUUUGUAUAUAAUAAGCCCUUUCCAUCCCAUCCGAAGAGCUUCAAUCAAAAUUUUGGUACAUUCAUUGUUCAGUAUGUUUAUAAUGUGCACUAUUCUCACAAACUGCGUGUUUAUGGCCAUGUCUGACUCCAGUGCAUGGCUCAAGUAUGUUGAGUACACUUUCACUGGCAUUUAUACUUUUGAAUCAAUGAUAAAAAUACUGGCGCGAGGAUUUUGCUUGAAGCCAUUCACGUUUCUGCGAGACCCAUGGAACUGGCUGGAUUUCAGUGUUAUUGUUAUGGCAUAUGCAACUGAGUUUGUGGACCUGGGCAAUGUUUCUGCUUUGAGAACGUUCAGAGUACUUCGAGCUUUGAAAACAAUCUCGGUCAUUCCAGGUCUGAAGACCAUCGUUGGUGCCCUUAUUCAGUCAGUAAGGAAACUCGCGGACGUGAUGAUCCUCACGGUUUUCUGCCUGAGUGUCUUUGCCCUGACAGGGCUCCAGCUUUUCAUGGGUCACUUGAAACAAAAGUGCGUGAGAGAUCUGGAUUAUUUCAAUGCAACCAGGAUGGGUAUGCUGGACUGGAGUAACGAAUCAAUGUGGUCAUCUUAUGAAGCGUUCAUCAGCGACCCUGCAAACAUCUACCACAAGGAUGGAGCCAAGGAUGCCUUACUGUGUGGGAACAGCAGCGACGCCGGGAAGUGCCCUGAUGGGUUUAUUUGCAUGAAGACUGGCAGAAACCCAAAUUAUGGCUACACCAGUUUUGAUACGUUUGGCUGGGCAUUUCUUUCCCUAUUCCGCCUCAUGACGCAGGACUAUUGGGAGAACUUAUAUCAACAGACUCUCCGAGCAGCAGGGAAGACAUACAUGAUCUUUUUCGUCUUCGUCAUCUUUUUGGGUUCUUUUUACCUUGUAAAUUUGAUCCUGGCCGUAGUGGCUAUGGCGUAUGAAGAGCAGAACCAAGCCACCAUUGCCGAAGCAGAAGCGAAAGAGAGGGAAUUCCAGCAAGCCAUGGAGCAAUUAAAGAAAGAACAAGAGGCAUUAGCCAGCAAGGGACCAGAUGCUGCAUCCCACAGUUCCUGUGAAAUGUCACCAUUUAGCUCUAAAAGUGCCAAAGAGAGGAGAAACAGGAGAAAGAAAAAGAAAUCCUCAGAAACGGAAGAGUAUGGGGAAGAUAUGAAGCCCCCCAGGGGUGAGAUGGAUGAGGAGAGUCUCCGCAAGAUGUCCAUCCUUGGCAUUGGUUUUGGCCCUGGUUCUGGCAAACGCAGGAUAAGUCAAGGAAGCAUCUUUAACUUUCGAUUCCGCAACCGAGACCUCUGCUCUGAGACAGAGUUUGCAGAUGAUGAAGUCAGCAAUGCCAGCGAUGGUCACCGAGGAUCCCUGCUGGUCCCCCGCGCCGGAAGGCGGCAGAGCACCCAGAGUCAGACGAGCCCUCUUUCUUUUGCAAAUACACCCGGCUACACCCAGAAUGGAAAGAGAAACAGCUCUGUGGAUUGCAAUGGGGUGGUGUCAUUGGUCGGAGGAGCUGGGACGUAUUCCAACCCGACGUCGCCCGGUGGAUUACUAUUACCAGCUGUAAUUGUGGAAAAAUCAGGAGCUGAAGAAAAUGCAUCACCUACGGAUCUGGAACUGAGCAGAAUGCAGCUGCUAAUGCCCCACGCCCUGUCGGUGGAAUACGUGGAUCAGCCCUUCCAGAGACAGAGAGCAGUCAGCACCGUCAGCGUCCUCACUAAUGCUCUGGAAGAGCUCGAGGAAUCCCGGCAGAAGUGCCCUCCAUGUUGGAACCAUUUUGCCCAGAGUUACUUGAUCUGGGAUUGCUGCUCACUCUGGCUAGACAUUAAGGACGGGGUGAAAUUCGUGGUGAUGGACCCAUUUAUUGACUUGACCAUUACCAUUUGCAUUGUCCUCAACACGCUGUUCAUGGCGCUGGAGCAUUACAAGAUGACGCCAGAGUUUGAGUACAUGCUCUCUGUUGGAAACUAUGUUUUCACAGGCAUAUUCACAGCCGAAAUGGUCUUCAAAAUCAUUGCCUUAGAUCCAUAUUAUUAUUUCCAGCAGGGCUGGAAUAUAUUCGAUAGCAUCAUUGUUUGCUUGAGUUUAAUGGAAUUAUGCCUCGCCAGCAUGGGAAACCUCUCCGUCCUUCGCUCCUUCAGAUUGCUUCGAGUCUUCAAAUUGGCUAAGUCCUGGCCAACGUUAAACACUCUCAUCAAAAUCAUCGGGAAUUCCGUUGGAGCACUCGGCAACCUCACCCUUGUCUUGGCGAUCAUCGUCUUUAUCUUUGCCGUGGUCGGAGUGCAGCUUUUUGGGCGGAAUUAUUUUGAAUGCGUCUGUAAGAUCAGCGCUGAGUGCAAGCUCCCUCGCUGGCAUAUGCAUGACUUCUUCCACUCCUUUCUUAUUGUUUUCCGGGUUCUCUGUGGAGAAUGGAUAGAGACCAUGUGGGACUGCAUGGAGGUCGCUGGGCAACCUUUGUGCAUUCUUGUCUUCAUGCUGGUCAUGGUCAUUGGAAACCUUGUGGUGCUAAACCUUUUCCUGGCGUUGCUGCUGAGCUCCUUCAGUGCAGAUAACCUGUCGGCCCCAGAUGAGGACGGAGAAAUGAACAACCUCCAGAUCGCCAUUGCGCGCAUCCAGAGAGGGAUCCGCUUUGUCAAAAAAGCCAUAGUGGACUUCUUUUGUAACUUAUUCACCAGGCCCGACAAGCCGGCACAGGCUUUUAAAUCCAACCUUUCAACCAAAAACCAAAACAUCAACAACAUCAACCUGAACAAUCACAUCAACAUGUCCAACACCUGCAAGGAGGAUUUCCGAGAAGGGAACAGCACCAACGGGGGCAUUUCCAAAAAUGGGGAGAAGUACGUGGUCAGCGAGAGUGACGACUACAUGACCAGCCCCCGUCUGUCUGUCUGUGUGCCCAUUGCCUUGGGGGAGUCCGACGUGGAGUAUCAUGAGGAAGAUGAACAGAGCAUCUUUACCGAUGUCGAGAUCAGCAAAGAGAAGCAGGAUGACAGUAUAUCGGAGUGCAGUACGGUGGACCUGAGAAAAUCAAGGGAACUAAUUGAGCAACUUCCAGAAUCUUCAGAGGAAUUUGCGGAUCCAGAAGAGUGCUUCACCGAGGAUGCAAAUCGUCCGGAUGGCACAGGCUGCUUGCGAUACUGUUCGUGCUGCAGGAUAGAUAUCACCACGGGCGCUGGGAAGAUUUGGUGGAAACUGAGGAAGACCUGCUUCAAAAUUGUGGAACACAACUGGUUCGAGACAUUCAUCAUCUUCAUGAUCCUGCUGAGCAGCGGUGCCCUGGCAUUUGAAGAUAUCUACAUUGACCAGAAGAAAGUCGUCAAAACCAUACUUGAAUAUGCCGACAAGGUGUUCACUUAUGUCUUUGUCCUCGAGAUGCUUCUGAAAUGGGUGGCUUACGGCUUUAAAAAGUACUUUACCAACGCCUGGUGUUGGCUGGACUUCUUCAUUGUUGAUGUGUCAUUAAUAAGCCUGCUAGCUACCCCCCUUGGAUUAUCUGAACUUGGUCCUAUGAAAUCUCUUAGGACCCUCAGAGCCCUGAGACCAUUAAGAGCCUUAUCACGGUUUGAAGGGAUGAGGGUGGUAGUAAAUGCCUUGAUUGGGGCCAUCCCAUCCAUCAUGAAUGUGCUGCUGGUGUGUCUCAUUUUCUGGCUAAUUUUUAGCAUCAUGGGGGUCAAUUUAUUUGCUGGAAAGUUUGGGAAAUGCGUCAAUGCCACAACCAAAGAGGAGCUGUCCUAUCUCACGGUUGACAACAAAUCAAUGUGCAAUGAUUUCAUUAAUACAGAAGCCUACUGGACAAAAACAAAGGUCAACUUUGAUAACGUGGGGGCUGGAUAUCUGGCACUUCUACAGGUGGCGACAUUCAAAGGGUGGAUGGAUAUAAUGUACGCGGCCGUCGACUCACGUGAGAUUGAACAGCAGCCGAUUUACGAAAUAAAUAAGUACAUGUACCUGUAUUUCGUCAUCUUCAUCAUCUUCGGAUCUUUCUUCACCUUGAACCUGUUCAUUGGUGUGAUCAUUGACAAUUUUAACCAGCAGAAGAAGAAGUUAGGUGGGCAGGACAUUUUUAUGACAGAGGAACAAAAAAAAUACUACAAUGCAAUGAAGAAGCUGGGAUCUAAAAAACCUCAGAAACCUAUCCCCAGGCCACUGAACAAAUUCCAAGGGUUCGUCUUUGACAUCGUGACAAAGCAAGCAUUCGACAUCAUCAUCAUGAUCCUUAUUUGCCUUAACAUGGUCACCAUGAUGGUGGAGACGGACGAUCAAAGCAAAGAGAUUGAGAAUCUUCUGUACAAAAUCAACCUGGCGUUCGUGGUUCUUUUCAGCGGCGAAUGCAUCCUCAAGAUCCUUGCCCUCAGGUACUACUUCUUCACCAUCGGCUGGAACAUCUUUGAUUUCGUGGUGGUGAUUCUUUCGAUUGUUGGAAUUGUACUUUCGGAUAUUAUCGAAAAAUAUUUUGUAUCGCCGACAUUGUUCAGAGUAAUUCGCUUGGCGCGUAUUGGGCGUGUACUGCGGCUUAUCAGAGGAGCCAAGGGAAUCAGAACCCUUCUGUUUGCCUUAAUGAUGUCCCUCCCCGCCCUCUUUAACAUUGGCCUCUUACUCUUUCUUGUCAUGUUCAUCUACGCCAUUUUUGGGAUGUCUAACUUUGCCUACGUCAAGAUGGAAAGUGGGAUCGAUGAUAUGUUUAACUUCCAGACCUUUGGAAACAGCAUGAUCUGCCUGUUUCAGAUCACCACCUCUGCUGGUUGGGAUGGUCUCCUAAACCCCAUAUUGAACAGUGGACCUCCUGAUUGUGACCCAGAUAUUGCUAACCCCGGAAGCCCUACUCUGGGGAACUGUGGAAACCCCUCUGUGGGGAUUUGCUUUUUUGUCAGUUACAUUAUCAUAUCAUUUCUUAUUGUUGUAAAUAUGUACAUUGCUAUUAUCCUGGAAAACUUCAGCGUUGCGACUGAGGAGAGUACAGAACCAUUGAGCGAAGAUGACUUUGAGAUGUUUUAUGAAGUCUGGGAAAAGUUUGACCCGGAAGCCACGCAGUUCAUUUCUUACUCCGUCCUUUCCAACUUUGCGGAUACCCUUUCUGAGCCGCUGCGCAUAGCCAAACCAAAUAAGAUUAAACUCAUCGCAAUGGAUCUUCCCAUGGUCAGUGGAGAUAGGAUCCACUGCUUGGAUAUACUGUUUGCUUUUACCAAAAGGGUUCUUGGGGAAUCAGGUGAGAUGGAUGCUCUUAAGGUACAAAUGGAGGAGAAAUUCAUGGCCGCCAACCCGUCGAAAAUUUCUUAUGAACCCAUCACCACCACUCUAAAGCGGAAACAGGAGGAGGUAUCUGCUUGUGUGAUCCAAAGAGCCUACAGGAGGCACCUGCUGUGCCGUUCCAUGAAACAGGCCUCGUUCCUGUAUCGUCACCGAUCAUGUGACGACAACAUCAUUGAGGAAGAGGCCCCGGAAAAAGAGGGCCUUAUUGCCUAUAUGAUGACUGAGAAUUACGGGCGGCAACUGGAUAAAGUAGAAUCCUUAUCUUCUACUUCUUUCCCCCCUUCCUAUGACAGUGUCACCAGGGCCACCAGUGAGCACAGCCCUUUAAAACUGGGAGACUCGACAAACGACGACUUCACAGAUUGUAAAAUAUGUGCCGAUAGGGAUAAGGAGUCGUUUGUAUAAUCAUUGUUUUGAAAACGCUUUCCAAUAUUGUUUACAGAAUUAUAUGAUGUAAAGUGCACAACAGUUCUGCCAGCCUUCAUAUUAAAUUUAGUAAAAAAUGAAGUCGAAAAGUACUUUUCCCGCUGGACUACUGGGAGCCAGUCCUUCCCAGCGGGGGGCGCUGUGAAUGUUCACUUUGCUCUCUGUCUCUACAUGGAGAACUUACGCAGAGCGAAAAAGCCGUGGUAUGGUUAUGCGUACGCCGACGCGUAAGGUCGAUGCGCCGUAUGUCUCUGCGCAGAAAUGCCUGACUGUAUACAUUCAUUUAUGGUCUUAUACUAGUGUGUUUAGUAAAGGUAACCAAUGACCUUGCAUUCUAAAUUAAAUCCAAAUAUCACAAGCUGCUGUAGCAAAAAGUAUACACUUACUGUAUAUGUCUUGAAUGGUCUUUCAUAAAUUUAUAUUUGAUAUUUUUUUUUACAUAAGAAAAUAAUGUCUCCUUUUUUUUCCAUGAAAGGGGGGGGGGGCGGAUCCUCGUGGAACGGUCUGCCAUUCUAGACUCUCAAAUAAUGUUAAAUUAAAAAGAAAAAAAAAAGAAAUAAAUAAGGAGAACUGUUGGAUCUUGCUGCUGAAAAUUGUUUCGAAAUAUUUGAAUUGUUUAUUACGAGCUGAACAUGUAAUUGCUUGGCAUGAGUAAUGCAAAUAAAGCUUUUAAAAAGGGG